AUGGAACACGCAGACUCUAUCGGCUCUGCCCUCUCGGGAGCGCCACCAUCGAAUACCCCUGGAUCUCAGGCGAAACGUCGGCCAGCCCCUCGAGGCACAGCUGCUUAUCCACGGAAGCGCGCAAACACAGCUUGCCAAGUGUGUAGAGCUCGAAGGACCAAGUGCGACAACAAGAAGCCUUCUUGUUCGUUCUGUGAGAGGGUUGGAGCGAAGUGCAUCUCUUCUCCGGCGGACCUUUCCGCCUUUGACCCCGCAAGUCUGAAGAUUCUUGAACGACUAGAUGAGCUCGAAGACAGACUAUUAUCACAACACAUUGGCGUCGUCGACGUCCUCGCGUGGCCUGUUUUUGGGGGCCGAUUCGACGCACGUCUGGAUACCAAAUCGCUCUUGCGCAGGAUUCCACUGGAUGCCGUUGCUUCCCCGUCGUCAGAUUCCUACACCUCUGUCGGAGAAUUGGAUUCAAAUAAUGGGUUGAAACUUCUGGAUGCCUUUUUGCAGCAUGUACAUAUCAAAAACCCAAUCCUAGACGAGGCCAGCGUUCGUCAAAUGGUGCAUCGUACCAAUUUCGAUGGUCUCGGUUGGGAUGCCGAGUCUUGCUUGGUCCUUAUCAUCUAUGCGCUGGGCACUAUUGCCUCGUCUUUUGGCAGCUCGUCUUCUUCCCCGGCUAAUCUUGGCCGGGCCACCUCCUACUUCAACGCAUCUCAAAAGCGAAUUGGGACAUUGCUUGGAAGGGGCGGUACUCUUGAGGCUCAAUGCUUCUUCUUUUCCGGCGUAUUCUUGAUGACAGCUCUCCAGCCCAUUCAAGCCUGGAGAAACUUUGUCCAAGCACUAGCAGCUUGCCAAGAGUUUGAGUUUGCUAAGCAGUCCCUAUUGCCAGUCUCAAAUCGGAACCUCGAAAGCUUUGGAGGUACCACUGCCGAGGAGAGCGUGUAUUGGACGUGUUGGAAGUCGGAGCUGGAGUUGAGGGUGCUUCUCCAACUGCCUGAUUUCAUAGCAAAGGAUCUGGUUUACCCACGUCUUUUUCCCACCCCGCCAAUAGGCAACGGGAACGAAGAACACCGAGCAUGGUAUUUUUACCUCGCAGAAAUUGCGCUGCGAAGGUUGGAUACAAGAGUCCGUUACGAAAUGUGUCACGUCUCACGACCAACUGGCGACAUGGCCUUUGUGGAGUUAUCUGACACAAUUCCAUCCUACGAAGACCAAAUUGAGAGUUGGAUGCGUUCAUUGCCUGACAGUAUGAGUUUGCAAACACCAGAGUCAGAUGAUGAUGUUCUCAAAUUCAUUCUCAGAGGGCAUAUGAUGAACAUAUAUGAGUUGAUUUAUUGGCCUUUUCUGGAUGCAACCAUCAAUCAGCAGCAAGGAUUUUUAGCUGUUGAGGAGUAUGGCCGUAAAGGUUUGAACUGCUGUUUGGAAAGAAUUCGCCUCAACAAACCUGGAUUUAAGCAUCGCCACCAUGGAACGUGGUUCAUGCUUCAGUCAUGUACUCGAAGCGCUCUCAUUCUUCUGGCAGCCACUCGCACCUCAUACGCCACCGAGUUGAUGCCAGACGGGUGGAGGAGUGCUGUGAUUGACGUGAUGGAAAUGCUGAGAUUUUGGGAGCAUGAAGUAGGCGACGCCGGGGAUCGCCUCCGGAUUUUGGAAGAACUACUGGAGUCUGUCUAG